AUGAUUUUUGGAGGAUACACUGAAGAAUAUCCUACCAUCCGUGCCGCAAGAAACAGCGUCCACAUUCUGCUAAAAGGGCCUCCAAAAGCCUCAUCAACCGGACCGACCAUGAGGUUCGAUGCCACUACCUCCCAAACACUGCAACAACCACAUACUGACCCUCUGGUGGUUACACUCAAAAUUGGGCAAAUGAAAGUCAAAAGGGUACUCGUAGAUACCGGGAGCACGGCUGAUCUUAUAACAAUGGAAUGCCUGAGAAAAAUGAAGUUCGAAGAAAAGCACUUACAACCUCUUGAUAAACCCCUGAUCGGGUUUGGAGGAAGUCAGGUAAUUCCACUAGGAACGAUCAUCCUCCCCGUACGAGUAGGGGAAAGAAAUGGAAGCAGAACCGUACCUAUACGAUUCACGGUGGUGGAUCUCACAUUCCCCUACAGCGCCAUCAUGGGGCUUCCCCUCAUCAACAAGAUCAAAGCUGCAAUCUUUCCUCAUCAGCUCCUGCUACAAUUUGAGCGGGAUGAUGGACAAGUGGGUAUCCUCAAAGGGGAUCAGAUGAUGGCACGCCAAUGCCUCAUCAAUACCUUAAAACGAGGAGCCUCCAUCACCCCCUCCAAAAGAGAAAGGGAAGAAGAUUCCCCGACUGUCAUGAGCGUGUAUCUAGAGAACCCCAACACGCACGAAAGGCCUCAUCCCAUACAGCGAUACGAGGAGGUAGACAUGUUCGGAGGAAAACGCAUCAAGAUAGGGAAAGAUCUUCCUGGCCCGGUCAAAUAG